GCUCCAGGGGCUGCAUUGAGUUUUCUCUGCCUGGGUCCGGUUUUCUCAGGCUUGGUUUUUUAAUUCCCCCGGUUUCCUGUUCCGGAGGUGCGGGCUGCACCGCUGUCUUGGUGCUGCUGCGGUGUUAACCUGUCUUGGCUGGGACGAAGACCUGGAUCUGAGAGCCUUUCGUAGGCUGCCCUGCCGUGAAGGACACAGAAAUGACUGUCAAUCAGACCCUGCCAUCGAGGAGCUGCUAGUCUGCAGGAGCUAGCCGUGUGCACACAGGACUAUACUGUGUGGCAGUCUGGGAGCUUGUAAUCCCUGUGGAAGAGGUGAUGUUUCAGGGUGGUUCUGCAUGAUGCAAGGCAGUGCACGCUUCUCCCUUUUUUCACCUCCAUCAAAGCCAUAGAAUGUCGUUCCACCCAGGACGAGGUUGUCCGCGAGGACGAGGAGGGCAUGGAGCCAGGCCCUCGGCAGCGCCCACCUUCAGGCCCCAAAAUCUGAGACUGCUUCACCCUCAGCAGCCCCCCGCGCAGUAUCAAUAUGAACCUCCCAGCGCCCCUUCCACCACCUUCUCCAACUCGCCAGCCCCCAAUUUUCUGCCUCCACGGACAGACUUUGUACCCUUCCCACCACCCAUGCCCCCUUCCACACAAGGCCCCCUGCCCCCGUGUCCCGUCAGCAGGCCGCCUUUUCCCAACCACCAGAUGAGACACCCUUUUCCGGUACCACCAUGUUUCCCUCCCGUGCCACCUCCCAUGCCCUGCCCCAGCAAUCCCCCGGUUCCCGGAGCUCCUCCCGGACAGGGCACGUUCCCCUUCAUGGUGCCCCCGCCCUCUGUGCCCCAUCCCCCACCCCCUCCAGUCAUGCCACAGCAGGUGAAUUACCAGUACCCACCAGGGUACUCACACCACAACUUCCCACCACCCAACUUUAAUAGCUUCCAGAACAGCCCAAGCUCUUUCCCGCCCAGUGCUAGCAACAGCAGCAGCCCGCAUUUCCGGCACCUCCCUCCCUACCCACUCCCAAAGGCUCCCAGUGAGAGGAGAUCCCCGGAAAGGCUCAAGCACUACGAAGGUCACAGGCACCGAGACCACAGCCAUGGGCGAGGCGAGAGGCAUCGGUCCCUGGAUCGGCACGAGCGAGGCCGCAGCCCCGAAAGACGAAGGCAAGAUGGCCGUUACAGAUCUGACUACGACCGGGGGAGGACACCACCUCGCCAUCGAAGCUACGAGCGUAGCAGAGAGCGGGAACGAGAGAGACACAGGCACCGGGACAGCCGAAGAUCACCAUCUCUGGAAAGGUCCUACAAAAAAGAGUAUAAGAGAUCUGGAAGUCGCUCCCCCAGUAGGGAGAAGAAGAAAGCACGUUGGGAGGAAGAAAAAGACAGAUGGAGUGACAACCAGGGUGCUGGCAAAGAGAAGAACUAUACAUCAAUCAAGGAGAAGGAGCCAGAGGAGACCGUGCCUGACAAAAAUGAGGAGGAGGAAGAAGAGCUUCUUAAGCCUGUGUGGAUACGAUGCACCCACUCAGAAAACUACUACUCCAGUGACCCCAUGGAUCAGGUGGGAGAUUCUACUGUGGUUGGAACAAGUAGGCUCCGUGAUUUAUAUGACAAAUUUGAAGAAGAGCUGGGGAGCAGGCAAGAAAAGGCCAAAGCCGCCAGACCGCCGUGGGAACCUCCGAAGACGAAGCUAGAUGAAGAUUUAGAGAGCUCCAGUGAGUCGGAAUGUGACUCUGACGAGGACAGCACCUGUCCCAGCAGCUCGGACUCGGAAGUGUUUGACGUCAUUGCUGAGAUCAAGCGCAAGAAGGCCCACCCUGACCGACUUCACGAUGAGCUGUGGUACAACGACCCAGGCCAGAUGAACGAUGGGCCGCUCUGCAAGUGCAGCGCAAAAGCCAGGCGCACAGGAAUUCGGCACAGCAUUUAUCCUGGGGAAGAGGCCAUCAAGCCCUGCCGCCCUAUGACCAACAAUGCUGGCAGACUUUUCCACUAUCGGAUUACAGUCUCACCUCCCACAAACUUUCUGACCGACAGGCCAACAGUUAUAGAAUAUGAUGAUCACGAGUAUAUCUUUGAAGGAUUUUCUAUGUUUGCGCAUGCCCCCUUGACCAAUAUUCCACUGUGUAAAGUCAUCAGAUUCAACAUCGACUACACGAUUCAUUUCAUUGAAGAGAUGAUGCCGGAGAAUUUUUGUGUGAAAGGACUUGAACUCUUUUCACUGUUCCUAUUCAGAGAUAUUUUGGAAUUGUAUGACUGGAAUCUUAAAGGUCCUUUGUUUGAAGACAGCCCUCCCUGCUGCCCACGGUUUCAUUUCAUGCCACGUUUUGUACGGUUUCUUCCAGAUGGAGGGAAGGAAGUGCUGUCCAUGCACCAGAUUCUGCUCUACCUCCUGCGCUGCAGCAAGGCCCUGGUGCCGGAAGAGGAGAUUGCCAACAUGCUGCAGUGGGAGGAGCUCGAGUGGCAGAAAUACGCAGAGGAGUGUAAAGGCAUGAUUGUCACCAACCCUGCCACGAAACCAAGCUCUGUCCGCAUCGACCAACUGGAUCGUGAGCAGUUCAACCCUGAUGUGAUUACAUUUCCGAUCAUCGUGCACUUCGGGAUACGCCCUGCACAGUUGAGUUAUGCAGGAGACCCACAGUACCAGAAACUGUGGAAGAGCUAUGUGAAGCUUCGCCACCUUCUUGCAAAUAGUCCCAAAGUGAAGCAGACUGACAAACAGAAGCUGGCCCAGAGGGAGGAAGCACUCCAGAAAAUCCGACAGAAGAAUACAAUGAGGCGAGAAGUGACUGUGGAGCUAAGUAGCCAAGGAUUUUGGAAAACGGGCAUCCGCUCUGAUGUGUGUCAGCAUGCCAUGAUGCUGCCUGUUUUGACCCAUCAUAUACGCUACCACCAAUGCCUGAUGCAUCUGGACAAGCUGAUAGGUUAUACUUUCCAAGAUCGUUGUCUGUUACAGCUGGCCAUGACUCAUCCAAGUCAUCAUUUAAAUUUUGGGAUGAAUCCUGAUCAUGCCAGGAAUUCGUUGUCUAACUGUGGAAUUCGGCAGCCCAAAUAUGGAGACAGAAAAGUUCACCACAUGCACAUGCGGAAGAAAGGAAUUAACACCUUAAUAAAUAUUAUGUCACGCCUUGGCCAAGAUGACCCAACUCCUUCAAGGAUCAAUCACAACGAGCGGUUGGAGUUCCUUGGUGAUGCUGUAGUGGAAUUCCUGACCAGUGUCCAUUUGUACUAUUUGUUUCCAAGUCUGGAAGAAGGAGGAUUGGCAACCUACCGAACUGCCAUCGUUCAGAACCAGCACCUUGCCAUGCUCGCCAAGAAACUUGAAUUGGAUCGAUUUAUGCUGUAUGCUCAUGGCCCUGACCUGUGUAGGGAAUCGGACCUUCGACAUGCCAUGGCUAAUUGCUUUGAAGCACUCAUAGGAGCUGUUUACUUGGAGGGAAGCCUGGAGGAAGCCAAGCAGUUAUUUGGACGCUUACUCUUUAAUGAUCCGGACCUGCGCGAAGUCUGGCUCAAUUAUCCUCUCCACCCACUCCAACUACAAGAGCCAAAUACCGACCGACAACUUAUUGAAACGUCUCCAGUUCUGCAGAAACUCACUGAGUUUGAAGAAGCAAUUGGAGUGAUUUUCACUCAUGUCCGACUGCUAGCAAGGGCAUUCACACUGAGAACUGUGGGAUUUAACCAUCUGACCCUAGGCCACAACCAGAGGAUGGAAUUCCUGGGAGACUCCAUAAUGCAGCUAGUAGCCACAGAGUACUUAUUCAUUCAUUUCCCAGAUCAUCAUGAAGGACAUUUAACUUUGUUGCGAAGCUCUUUGGUGAACAACAGAACACAGGCGAAGGUGGCAGAGGAGCUGGGCAUGCAGGAAUACGCCAUCACGAAUGACAAAACCAAGAGGCCCGUGGCUCUUCGGACCAAGACCCUGGCAGAUCUUUUGGAAUCAUUUAUUGCAGCGCUGUACAUUGAUAAGGAUUUGGAAUAUGUUCAUACUUUCAUGAAUGUCUGUUUCUUUCCACGAUUAAAAGAGUUCAUUUUGAAUCAGGACUGGAAUGACCCCAAGUCCCAGCUGCAGCAGUGCUGUUUGACACUCAGGACAGAAGGCAAAGAGCCAGACAUCCCCCUCUACAAAACUCUGCAGACUGUGGGCCCUUCCCAUGCGAGAACCUACACCGUGGCUGUUUAUUUCAAAGGAGAAAGAAUUGGCUGUGGGAAAGGACCAAGUAUUCAACAAGCAGAAAUGGGAGCUGCGAUGGAUGCACUUGAAAAAUAUAACUUUCCCCAGAUGGCCCAUCAGAAGCGGUUCAUUGAACGGAAAUACAGACAAGAGUUAAAGGAAAUGAGGUGGGAAAGAGAGCAUCAGGAGCGGGAGCCAGAUGAGACUGAAGACAUAAAGAAAUAAAGGAGGCCAUGGAAGUGGCCGUGUGUGUUUACUUGCUUAAUAACUGUGACUGCUGCCCAUUGAGACCUAGCCUAGUUUUCCUGCAGACACUGAAUGGAGUGUGCCCAUUGAAAUGAAACAGUGUCAAAUCACCACUGUUGUUUUACUGAUGUGAUAUUCUGUUGUUAGCUGAGUGACCUUUAUUACAUAGUAUUUGAUUUCUGUGUAAUGGAAACCCUGAUGGUGGUGGAUGUGCAUUUAGUCCCUUAUGGUCCCCAAGCUCUUGGAUAAUAAAAUUCAAGAAAUCAUC